AUGGCUACUAAUAAUGUCCUUUUAAAAUCACCACCAAAACAAAUGAGUGAUUCGUGGAUAAUUAUUGAUGAUCAUGAUGAUUUAGAAUUUGUUGUUGUUGACAAUGAACAUGAUAAUAAAAAGCAACAACAACAAGAAUCUUCUCCAAAACCGUCACCAUCAUCAAAACGACCAUUAGAAUCAACUAAUAAAACAUCAAAUAUAAUUCAACCUUUAUUAGGUGUUACAAAUAAUAAACAACAUAAUAAAAAACGUAAAUGGAAGGUGCUUUAUUCAUUACCAUCAACAGGAACUCAAGGAAAUCUUAAUGCAGCUAAUCUUGAUUCUUAUGUUAUGGAUCAACAUGAACAAUUAUUUGAUAAACGUGAUUUAUUUAGUUCACAACAAAAUAUUAUUAAAGUCAAGUGA